UCGUUUGAUUAUCAGAAUAUUCAUAGGCAACCAUUCAACAUCAAGAUAAUAUAUAUAAUUCCAACCAUGAGAUCCGAUCAGUGGAAUCCCAUGUGUAAAGGCUUUUACCUCCUUAAAUAUCCUCCCCAGUAGUUUUGAUGUCCUACACGGCUACACCCCACCAUGCAAUCUCAAUCUGGCUCAAAUCCAGCACCUAUGCACCCACUGGUUCCUGGUCCAAACACGCCCCAAGCAUUUGAACGAGCCAUCAAAAACGACCAAAAAAAAGACCAAGCCCUAUAAAUAACGCUAAAAACACCACCCAACUUCGAUAAAAAUGGCCAACAUUCUCACUCUCCUCAUCUUCACUCUCGUUUCCCUCUCCUCUGCGUGUCACAAACAUGACCACCAAACUCUACUCUCCAUCAUGAACUCCUUCCCUCCGAACUCAUUCCCUGCAACAUGGAACUCAUCCUCAGACUGCUGCAACUGGGACUACAUCCAGUGCAACGCCACCACCGGCCGCGUCGACGUCCUCCAAAUCACCGACAAUGCCGGCAUCGCCGGUCCGAUCCCUCCGUCCAUCAGCCGCCUCUCCGCCCUCCAGUUCCUGAUCCUCCGAGAUCUUCCCAACGUUGUUGGCUCAAUACCUCACCAACUACUAAGACUCCGUAACCUCCAGUUCUUAAUAAUAUCCAAUACCAGCGUCUCGGGUGCCAUCCCUUCGUUCCUUUCAAAGUUUUCAUCCAAUUUACUGGCAAUCAAUCUGAACGGAAACAAACUGUCAGGGCCAAUCCCUGCAUCCCUCGGGGAUCUUGCUAGCCUCAGCCUACUAUAUUUAUCGGACAAUCAGCUAUCAGGGAGCAUCCCCGAUACGCUCUUCAGAAAAACAAAGGUCUCGCACAUUCAGCUUGAUCUUUCUGAUAACAAGCUAACGGGCGACAUACCAAAAACUUUCGACGAUAGGAAGUUUAUCACUGUAAACCUGGCGAAUAACCAGUUAACGGGGGAUGCUUCAGUACUGUUCGGGAAAUCUAAGCUCGUCUCUGAUAUUAUACUGGCAAGCAAUAAGCUCACCUUCGAUCUUUCAAAGGUGGAGUUCCCUGUGAAGAGCUUGGAUAGAGUAGACAUUAGUCAUAAUGAGAUUUACGGGAGAAUACCAAGUCAAAUCGCUGAUGUUGCUGGCCUGCAGUACUUGGACGUGAGCUAUAACAGGUUGUGUGGCAAAAUACCGAAGAAACUUGCUCAGUUCAAUUCUUCAUUCUUUGCGCAUAACAAGUGCUUGUGUGGAGCACCGCUGCCUUCAUGCAAGCAAGAAAUGUGAUGUAUAGUACUUCGCGUAUCUUGUUCGUGUUUGUAUGACGAAGUUAUAAUGCUGCUAUGUACGGAUUUCAAUUUCUUCCUUUAGUUUUUGAAUUCAAUGACUACAAAGCAUAGAAAAUAGAGAAGGUAAUAAAAGAAAAGAGCUUAUCAAACCCUGAUAUUUUUGCUAACAAAAUAAGAUUGUGAGAUAAAUUAACUUGGUAUUAUACCCAGAAAACAGAUAUAUUAAUUUAUAUGCAGUAAAAAACUAUAUUUGAUGAUGCACAUGUGAAAUGUCGGAGUUUUUAAAUUUCUACAUAUGUUUCAAACUACAGAGGGUGCAGAACUAGCAAAAUCUAUUUAGAGCAAAUAGGUCAAGAGUAGAGA